CACCUCUUGUGUGUGUUAUCUUUAUCUAUAUAUAACAGCAACGAGUAACAUGAAGACGUCAAACCUUUUUUAACUCUCAAGAACAAGAACAAUAGUCUUAACCAAGAUUCCUAUAGAGUUAAAUAUAUGCAAGAAACAUGAAUCAGCAAGAAACCACGAGUACUCUUGAACUUGAUCUGAAACUAAACAUACUGGAUUCAUCUUUGUCAACUGAGAGCCCAUCUUCAUCGUUAUGUUCGGAGGAAUCUGAAGGUGGAGAAGGAGUGGCUAAAUCGAUGGUGGUCGUUGGUUGCCCUAAUUGCAUCAUGUACAUCAUCAUGUCUUUGGAUAGUAACCCUAGAUGCCCUAGAUGCAACAGCCAAGUUUUGCUUGAUUUUCUCACACGAAACAAUAGCAAAAAGAGUAUUAAUUAAAAAUAUCCAACUAAGAAUGUUCUUUUCUCUUUAUGAUUUUUAUUCAUUUAUUGCCAUUUGCCACAUA